CCAGCAACAUAGAAUCGCACUUUAAUCAGGUGGAGGAUGAGAUAGACGAAGAACAGCAGGAGCAACACUUGGAGGAACAGAUGGCGCCGGCAGAAUAACUGUACUCCGCACGCUAAUAGACCAAGGCUCACAAGCGAACUUUAUUAGCGAACGAGCUGCUCAACUGCUUAAAGUUAAACGUAAACCAUUGGCUAUAGAUGUAAGUAUUACGGGAAUAGGAUCUACACAAACUAAGGUAAAACACACGGUGGGAUUAGAGCUUUUAUCAAGAUAUGACGACAAGUUCCAACUGUUCAUUGAUGCAUAUGUCAUUUCUACUACUCGUUUAACAAAUGUGUUACCAUCCAAACAUUUGAUAGACAGUGAAAAUUCAUGGUCACAUCUUCAAGGUCUUGUAUUAGCCGAUCCCACAUACAAUAUACCUGGACGGAUUGAUAUGCUGCUGGGCGUAACCACAUAUGCACAAAUAAUCAAAGAACCUUUGAUCAAGGGUCCUCCUGGUUCACCAUGCGCACAAGAAACAAGCUUGGGAUGGAUAUUAUUCGGUUCCGUGUUAGACAAUACGGAAAUGAAAUCUAAUAAUGAAAUGCUAGUUAUGCACCAUCGUAUAGAUGUGGAUGAAAUGUUGCAAAGGUUGUGGGAGCUGGAUCCUGAAACAAACAAAAAAUUAAGCAUAGAAGAAGAAACAUGUGAACGAACAUAUAAAGAUACAUAUACAAGGACAGCGGAAGGAAGAUAUGUUGUAAAAUUACCUGUAAAACACGAACCCCCACGAGCAACACAAGGUGAUACCCGUGAUAUUUCAAUUUUCAGAUUUAAGCAAUUAGAAUCCAAAUUUGUCAAAUCCCCGGAUUUAAAGAGAGAGUAUAUAAAUGUGAUUAAUGAAUAUUUAAAGUUAAACCACAUGGAGGAAGUUCCAGUAAGCGAAAUUAAUAACCCAUCUAUUUACUUACCGCAUCAUGCAGUUAUUAGAGAAGCAAGUGAUACAACAAAAGUUAGAGUAGUUUUCAACGCGUCUGCAACAGGUAAAAAUAAUAUAUCGCUCAAUGACGACUUACUUGUUGGUCCACUGCUACAAGAAGAUAUGAGAUCCUUGAUUAUGAGAUGGCGACUUCGGAAAAUUGCCUUUGUCGCAGACAUAGAAAAAAUGUAUAGGCAAAUAUUAAUAAAAACAGAGGACGCUGACUAUCAAAGAAUUGUAUGGAGGAAUAGCAUUGAUGAGCCUAUAAAGGAUUAUCGUUUAUUGACAGUUACUUUCGGCACAGCAUCGGCACCUUAUCUUGCUGUAAAAACUCUUCACCAAAUUGCUAACGAUGAAGGAGAAGGCUAUCCUGCGGCUGUUAAUGUAAUAAAAAAUGAUUUUUUUAUGGACGAUUUACUAUCCGGUCAGGAUUCGGUAGAAGAUGCUACAAAAAUAGCGAAACAAAUUUCAAAUAUACUUAGUAGAGGAGGAAUGAAAUUACAGAAAUGGUCAUCAAAUAAUAAGGAUUUUUUGAAAAACUUUUCUUCCGAUGAACUAAGCUCUCGCCUGAGUAUAGAUUUUAAGUUUGAAGGAACAGUAAAGACGUUAGGGCUAUCAUGGAAUGUGGUCGAUGAUACUUUACAUUAUUAUGCUGACUUACCUGCGUCACCGGCAAACAUAACCAAAAGAACCAUACUCUCGGAGAUUCAACGCUUGUUUGAUCCUCUCGGUUGGUUAACUCCUGUACUCCUGCCUGCAAAAAUAAUAAUUCAAAAAUUGUGGUUGAUGAGAAUUUCUUGGGAUGAAGAAGUAGUACCUGAAAUAAAAGAAGAUUGGUUAAAGAUUAAAGAAAGUUUAAGAAAUAUAAAAGAUAUAAAAAUAAAUAGAUGGUUAUACAGUCAUACUAAAAAUAUGUCUGAUGUUACAGUGCAUGGCUUUUGUGAUGCAUCUUCAAAGGCAUAUGGCGCAGUAGCUUACCUGAGAGUAAAAGUAGAAAAUAAUACAUAUGUUACAGGCAUUAUAGCUGCGAAGAGUCGCGUUGCACCUGUUAAACCUGUAUCCCUGCCUCGUUUAGAAUUAUGUGGCGCAGUUUUACUUGCCAAAUUAUUAAAACAAAUAAGUGACGCUACACACAUACCAACCGAUCGGAUAUAUGGUUGGACAGAUUCAACCGUAGUUUUGUCCUGGCUUCAAGGAGAUCUUUCUCGAUGGCAAACCUUUGUACGGAAUCGGGUUGCAACUAUAUUAGAAACUAUAGGAAAUAAAUGGUACCACGUACCUUCUGUAGAAAAUCCUGCCGAUGUUGCUUCACGUGGAAUGUUAUUACCUGAACUUAAAAAUUGUAAAUUAUGGUGGGAAGGUCCAAAAUGGCUACGAGAUGAGCAGCUUUCUUUGAAAAAUUUCGUUUAUAACACCAACCUAGAAAAAAGGAAAAAUAUUAUAGCAAAUACAAAAAUAGUAGAUGAGGCACAUUGGUCAAAUAAAUUUAAAAAUUUUAAUAACUUAUAUGAAUUACUGAGAGCAAUAGUCUAUUGCACACGGUUUCUGAAUGUAAGGAAAAUUAAAGAAGUUAAGGCUAUAACUACAAAUGAGCUACAUGACAGUUUAAACAAAUGUGUAAGAUUAGACCAAAGGGAAUCUUUUUCAGUAGAAAUAGAAGAUUUAAAACAAAGGAAAGAAAUAAAACGCAACAGUUGUAUUAAAAAUCUUAAUCCUUACCUGGACGCUGAAAAUAUUCUCAGGGUGGGCGGCAGACUCAGGCAUGCCCAUCUUGUAGAAAUCGAGAAACAUCCCAUGAUUUUAAGCAAUAAGAGCUGUUUAACUACUUUAAUAAUAGCUGAUGCACACAAAAGGACGCUACACGGUGGUACACAAUUGACUAUAAAUUAUAUAAGAAGCCGUUUUUGGAUUAUUAAAAUUAAAUCACUUGUUUCAUCAUAUAUCAGUAAAUGCUUUAUAUGUGCGAGACUUAAAGCAAAACCCAGAUUACAAAUUAUGGGAGACUUACCUGAGAUGAGGGUGACUCCGUCACGGCCAUUUUUACACUCCGGCGUAGAUUUUGCUGGUCCACUGCAAAUUUUAACUUCAAGGGGUAGAGGGUCCAAAACCAAUAAGGCAUACAUUUGCAUAUUUGUAUGUAUGUCUACCAAAGCAGUUCAUUUGGAAUUAGUUGGGGAUUUAAGCACUGAUUCUUUCUUAGGCGCGUUAAAACGUUUUGUAGCUCGAAGGGGAAGAUGUAGCCACAUUUGGAGCGAUCAAGGCACUAAUUUUGUAGGUGCCAACAAGGAAUUGUUUGAGCUGUUCCAACAGGCUAAUUUACAAAUACCAGGCCAUCUACCAGCUACUUUAGCAGAAGAUGGCAUACAAUGGCACUUCAAUCCACCUUACAGUCCAAAUUUUGGAGGCUUAUGGGAAGCGGGGGUGAAAUCCAUCAAAUAUCACUUGCGAAGAAUUUUAGAUAAGCAUCUAACUUUCGAAGAGAUGACAACAUUACUGUGCCAGAUAGAAGCAUGCUUAAAUUCCAGACCGUUGUGUCCAAUCGACAAUACAGAUACCGAUAAUUUGAAUAUUCUUACACCUGGUCACUUUCUCAUUGGUGAAGCCCCAUUCAAUAUACCAGAACCAGACUUGAGAGACAUAAACCUUAACAGACUUUCACGAUGGCAGUAUGCACAAAGGUUACUACAAGACUUUUGGAAGAGAUGGCAAACAGAAUAUUUGUCACGUCUACAGCAACGACCCAAAUGGCUAAAACGACAAGAUGAAUUCAAAGUGGGAGAUGUGGUCCUGGUCGUGGAAGAACAUUUACCUCCUGGUAAAUGGGCUUUAGGUCGUAUCCUAGAAAAACAUUCGGGAGCAGACGGGAUAUGUCGUGUGUAUUCUUUAAAAUGCCGCGGAAAAUUGAUGAAGCGAUCAAUUUCCAAAUUAUGCCCAUUACCUAUAAAUAAUGACUUAGAUUUUUGAAUAUUAGUUGCCUAUUUAAAUUAUAAAAAAAAAAAUGUUAUUACAUAAUUAAUCUAAAUGUACAAUGUUUAGAUAAUAACAGAUACUGAUUGUUGAUUUAUAUAACUUAAUUUAAAAAUCAUUUUGUUUUUUGUUUAUUUGAAGAAUGCAUGUUUAAGUUUAGAUUCGAUGGUAUGUAAUGCAAAACGUUAAGCAAAAAUGUUAGCCAAUUAAGAUAAAACCUAGUUACCUAUAGGUUUUGGUGGGCGGUAUGUACGCGCCGCCGCGGCCGCUAGUAUGUAGCUUUAGAAAUUAGUAACCAUAUUACUUGUUCAGUGAUCUGGGUUA